CUCUCUUCCUCUCUCCCUCUCUCUCUCUUUCUCUCUCCCUCUCUCUCUCUCUUUCUCUCUCCCUCUCUCUCUCUUUCUCUCUCUCUCUCUUUCUCUCUCUCUCUCUCUCUCUCUCUCUCUCUAUCUCUCUCUCUCUGUAGUGACUCUGGUUCUAUAUUUAACCUACAGGCCUGCUCGCUCGCUCCCUCUCGUUCUCUCUCUCUCUCUCUCUCACACACACUUGACAUAAACGAGGCCACAGAGUUGACGAGCAGGAUGGAGGAGGAGGCUGCCUCCCAGCGCUCGGUGGCUGAACUCGCAGGACGGUUCAGAGACCCAGCUCCUCCACAUGGUGGCGCUGUGAAUGAUCCAGAGAAGCCGGUGAGACGUCGACCUCCUCGUUCACUACAGCUGCCGAAAACACACGGAGACGACCAGGAGCCUUCAGGUGUCACCUCACCUCUUUCUGCCAAAACCAAGAGGAACUCUGCCCUGAUCGAGAAGCUUCAGGCCUCGCUCGCUCUCUCUCCCUCGGCCCAGCUGACGUCACCGAAGAGCCCCGCCUUCCGGAUGCUGCCCCCCGCCUUCCCCCUCCCAUCCCCCGGCUCCGCCCCAGUAACCACACUGACCACCUCCUCCACAGCGCCUCCCACUAGGGCUUCACCAGGAACUGAGGAGGAGGGCCCCGUCUCCUUUGAGGCCCCUCCCACGGUGGAGGAGGGGUCCAUCCUGUCCAGUAUCAACAAGGGCCGAGCUCGUCUCUCCCUCCGGCGACGCCCUCCUUCCCGCCGCCACAGGGGGUCCAGCAGCGGGGACGAGGUCGGAGUCACUGAUGACGUAGCAGACAAAGCAGCAGCAGGAGGAGAAGACGUUUUUAAGACAGACGAUAAAACUGAUGCUUCAACGUGUCCUGAGAAAAAACCAUCAGACAAAGACGAUGAAUCAAAGACCAGAGAAGAAGACAAGGAGGAGGAGAAGGAGCGAGUGAAUGGACGGAUGGGAGAAGACGAGCAAGACACACCUUCAUCAGGACGAGAAGAGGAAGAAGCUGAGAAGAUGUGACUGAAGGAGCGGUAGAAAAAGAAGAAGAAGAACAGAACGAGUGCUUUGUCAAUAGGUGGCGCUGAAGAGCACAUGACUGUGUCCUCGAGACUUUCUUCAGGAGCUCGUGAACCUUGUUUCUUUCUCCUUCAGCUCCAUGAAGAUGUUGGGCUGAUCGGGUGGUGAUGGAAAAGGCCUGAACACUGGAGACCAACGUGUUUCUUUAUCUGUGACGUGAAGACGACCUGAGGGAACUUGUACAUUAACAGAGAACUCACACAUUUGAAUCUGAUGUUUUCUCUCUGGAUCGAUGACGACGAGGAGAACGAGGCUGAAUUCUUCCUUCGUACAAAAGUUUAACUUUUAACAAAUUAUCUUGUUUUUUGCUCAGAGGGAAAACCUGAAGUUUUAUUUUUUUAACUCAUUUUUAACACGACUGAAAGUAAACAUUUUAUUCAUUUUAAAACUGCAGACGUCAAGUUGUGACUUAAAGUCUGAACGUGAAAUUAAAAUACAUAUUUUUGCUAAAUUA